GUUAUGUUUAAAUGUUAUUGCUAUUGCUAUUAUUACGAUUAGGGAUCCAGUAGUAUUUAUGGAUGAACAGUUAAAUCUCAGUUUUCUUCAGACAUUAAAAACAUCAGGAAAAAAGCUCGAGUUUCCGAUUCUUACAAGCAACUUCUUCAGAUUACAUAUGGUAAAGAAUGCUGCUCCCGGACUAAACCUGGAUCCUAAGAAAUCUUCUUUCAAGAAACUAUCAAAAUUUUUGGCUGUGAAGGAGAAGGAAGGAAUCAUAAAAGUUAAGGAACUACAAAAAGGUCAGUUGAUGAGAUUUCUUUCAUUCAUUUUUUUUGCUGAGGGUGGAUAUAGAUCUGCAUACGGAUAA